AUGGCUCCCGACACAUACCGUUUGGCAGGCGAGAAAAAGGGCGGACACUUCCUCGUACGCAAGGGCCAGAUCACAGAAAUCAAGGCGGGGGCUAGACGGCUCGAGCUCUCGAGCCUGCCGGAGUACGCCACGGAGGUGUACGGCGUGCGAAGAGACAACUCGGCCGUGCAUCUCGGACGGAUCAAAAAACGGAUGAUAGUGCGCAAUUGGCGCGGCGAACAGAGCAGACCUGUCAGUGCGCACAAAAGACGGCCAGACGUGGCUAACGAUAUUCGCCGGUUCCAGCAGACCUACAGAGAGUAUUUCCGGCUGUACAAGGAGCUGGAACAGGAGAUGAACAGCGAGAAACUGGAGCGUGUGGCUGUUCUGAACAACGAGUUGCUGAGCCUGAAAGAACGGCUAAGCAGGGUGUGA